AUGUCUUCAGACAGCAAUGGCUCGGAUCCAGUUGAACUCACCAGCAACAUCGGCACUUGGGUCGCAGCGGCUGUAGCAAUCAUUGCUCUCGUUGGUGUAGUCGGUCCACUGCUAACGCUACAAGCCUCGAUGAGCGAUAAAAACCGAGCCAUGAAUGCAGUUCAGGACCAACAGCAAAAAUAUGUUUCCAGAGGGUAUCCAGUCACAAAAGGAUUGCGAUUAUUUCGAAAAAUACGCGUACCUAACCUCGCACCUGGAUACAUUACCAAUGAACCCGAUACAGCGCCACUCAUUCCGCCGCUCAGCGCUGCCUUGGGCCGUUGGGGGUUCGAAUCAAGGGACUAUUUACCAUGGAACAAUGGCUGGGCUAAGAUGUCCGAGUUGAUCGAGUCGUACAAAGUACGUGAUGGGAUUAGCAACGGACCAGUUGACCUGGGUAUACCCAAGACUGGAGGAACGCUGGAAGUCGUCAAUAGUCGAACCGCUUUAGUGGUCAACAAGCACUGGAUCCUCAUUUUGGGCCUUCUCGGCCGUUAUGGAGAACGCGUGGAUAAAGGGAUUUUGCAGCGUAAGGGAGUCAGGAGGAACUUUGACGGUGAACGCGCAUCAAUUCGGCACUUCACCCUGCCAAGGAAAACUAAAAGGAGGGACUUUGAGACGCCGUUCGAAUGGGUCCGUAAAAAACAAACACAUUCAGCCUCGAGACUCAGGGGAAGAGGACAUUCCAGUAGACGCUCAGGUAGUGUGAGUUCUUGGUCCGACAGCGAUUCUGAGCCAGAAGGUACAGUGGUGGCUGUGCGACGCAGCGCCUACGGAACCAUUACUCUGGAGACCACUCCUCAACCCACCCUUUAUGGAAUCACUGGCAAAAUGCAGCAGCUAGGUAGACAUAAAGGCUCGUGGAGUUAUUUACCUGCUGUCUCAUUUGUUCCACAUAUUGCGAAAGAGAUUUUUGAAGAGGGUGUUGAGGAGAGAAGGGAAGACGCCUCUUUGCAAACCUUAUUCUGGCUAGCUCAUGGCUUUUUGCCCUGUGGAAGAACUACAGAUGGACGACAGAGUGUCAUAUCGUUGGAAGCUCCCGAGCCUCAUUUCGAGAUGAUGGGACGCGACCUUGAUCACGUUCUGGCUUGGCCUGCGUACUCUCUACAGGAAUCUGAUGACAUACCAAUUGCCAUAGGUAUUGCAAUGCAGUGUCUCGGUAUUCCAGAGCCACAAAUCUUACAGUUUCUCCCCAUCGAUAAUGCCAGUCGAGCAAAACGGAUGUUUGGUAUUCUCAAAAUGGAGGAGAAAGAAGCUUUUGAUAAUCAUAGCUUUGAAUAUGAUACUGAGCAUGGGGACUUCGAAAAGCGACCCCAUUCGCCAUCGGAAGUCUUCGGUCUAAGUCUCGAUGGCGAUUGGGUCCGUUACUCGGACCCGUCUAGAGACUUCUUCUGUCUAUUCCGAAGACAAGACCUCGAGAAGACACUGAAACUUAUCCUCACUUUAGACUGGGAUAACUGGGGAUUUUUGAUAUGGAAAGAUAAGCUUUGGGUGUCAAUCUUGAGAGAUGCCAUUGAUAUCCCCAAGAUGGAAAAACUCUGCCACUCGGGCUUUGGGCAAUUAUCUGGCCUGUCACGUUACUCCAGAGUGUUUGAGGGGAAACAUGAUCGGUCAUUUUUCACGCAGAAAUUGGCAGACCGUCUAUCCUUCGACAAGUUUCUGAUCGACUAUAUGGAGACAUACGAUCUUUUACCUCUGCGACUUUCUCUGGGUAUUCUUUUUAUAAUGGAUGAUUCAUUACGAGGAAAGACCUUAAAAUCCUGUACUAGAUUGUCCCAGUUAUAUGAUGAUGACGAACAAUACGCAGAAGAGGAGAUUUCGGAGCUCGAGCGCGCUCUAAAGGAAGUUGAAGCGGAACACUGGGCUCAGAAAGAUUUUCACAAAGACGACGAGAUACCCUUUAUGAGACAUAGCACUACCUCUGCUGAUGAAAUUGUCACUCAUAUGGUGAUGGAAUUCUUAGAUACUGACACGAUGAACACUUUCCGUAUCCACUACGAAGAGGUAAACACCCCCGAGACUGAGCACACUGUUACUAACUUCAAAAGGCUGGCUCAGGUUAUUACCGUAUCAGCGGGCACGUUCCCCAAUGGCAGCAAGAACUCCUCUGGAAACACACGUCCAUUAAUCGACAGCUCCGCGCGGCAAAACGGCGUCUUAGAAGUGGUGUUCUCGAGUAUACCUAUAAGACAAGACAGCUAA